AACGCAAAACUAGGCUACAUUUCAGGAGUGUGUUGAGGUCCGAGUUCCGAAAACUACUCUCUUGGCCAUCGCGGGUACAACAAAAAAGAGCCUAUCAAAUGUACAAACAAACCAAGCAUACUACUACUGAGAGGCAGUGUGAUUGCAGAGAGUGAGAGCCGGGCAUUGCAAGCAGCAGAGAGAAUGGGAAGAUCCACAGCUUCUUGCUUUAAGAUCAUUGCGUGCGGCAGUGAUUCUGUCGACAGAGAUGAACUUGAAGCUUCAGAGUCUAAGAACUCAAGCGAUAGGCGUGGAUGGAGUUUUGGUAAGAGAUCUGCACGGCAUCAGGUUCUAAGCAACACAGUAAUCUCAGAAACACCAUCUGGGGACAAGGACAGUGCAGAAUUUGCUGGCAUCUCCAAUGUUCCAGAAAAGACCCCUGCAACACAGCUUAGCUCCUUCCAAGACCAAGAGAAGGUCCCUGAAGCACAACAUCAAUCCAAAUUUCCAGAUAAGGCCUAUGGAACAGAACCUAAGUCCAAUAUCCAAGAGAAGACCCAUGUAUUGGAACCUGACUCUAAUGUUUCAGAGAAGAAUUCCAUUAUUGAUUGUAUAGAUGAAUCCAAGUUAACAGCUCCAGUGGACACAAAAUUGUUGAAGAUGUCAGCUACUGAAGCGGAUGAUAGUAAAGCUAAUGUAACCCCAGAGGAACAAGAUGUUAUUGUUAUCCAGACUGCUAUCAGACUGUUUCUGGCUAAAAAAGUCUUAAUGAAGCAUAAGCAUGUGAUCAAACUGCAAGCUGCUGUACGUGGACAUCUAGUUCGCAGGCAUGCUGUGGGAACAUUACGUUGUGCUAAAGCCAUUGUCAAAAUGCAAGGUCUUGUUCGAGCUCGCUAUGCUCACCACUGCAUACAACGGGAUGAGAAGCAUGAGAAAAACCAUCAUGGUUCAAAAACCUCGGGAAAGGAAAAUUCAGUUGUAAAGCCACAAGUCACAUACGCAUCCAUUGAGAAGCUUCUCAACAAUAAGUUUGCUUGCCAGCUUCUCGAAUCAUCUCCAAGGACCAAAACUAUUAAUAUCAAGUGUGAUCCUUCCAAAUCUGACUCAGCAUGGAAAUGGUUGGAGAGAUGGAUGCCUGUUUUACCAAUGGAAUCACUAAAUACUGAAAUAUCUGGUGAGAAGAAGGAGAAGAAAAUGCUUGAACAGUUUGACAACUUCACAGAAACUGUAGCUCAAUCUGAGAGUGACUUUGAAUCAUCAGAUAUCAGAUGUGGUAUUGAGACAUCUGCAGUGCCAUCUGAAAGUGAAGAUAAUUUGAUCACUUAUGAUGCUGACAGCUUAGACUUUCAAGCACACCAGCUGGCAUCACCUUCUUUUAGUUUUAAACUGGAGGAACCUCUGCCUCAGGAUAUUGGUAAAACAACUUCAAGAGAUAACUUCAGCUUUCUUCCUGUUCCAUUUACAGGAACAGUUAUGAAGCCAUACGUUGAGUAUGAUUCUAUCCCUGUUAAGAAUGAAACUGAGAAUAAGCAACAAGUGAAUUCCUUGAAGAGAGCUGCCCCUGAGCAACCUGAGGGGAGAACUUUUUCUUUUGGUUCAAGAAAAGCAAGUAAUCCUGCAUUCAUUGCUGCUCAGUCAAAAUUUGAAGAACUGAGUUCAGCAGCCAAUAAAACAAAAGUAACUAGUUUGUCCUUCCAAGAUACUGAAUCUUGUAAUUAUACAAUAUCAUCCACCAACAACAAUACUGUGAGGGAAAGGGAGAUUAACCCAGUAGAGAAUUCUGAUGCUCACAGUUCUGUUCAAGUAGGAGGCUCAGAAUGUGGCACCGAACUAUCUGUUACUUCUACACUUGAUUCACCAGAUAGGGACGAUAUUGGGGUUCAUGAAUUUGAGCAGGAAGUAAAUAGUUCCAUGGAUACUUCUAUACAUCACCAUCAUAGCAAUGAAAACCUGGAUAUUGAUGCUAAUAAUCAGAGUUUUAAAGGUGUGGACAUGGCCCCUUCUGACUCUAUUCAGCCAGAGAGACCUGACAGUAGCAAAGAGGACAACGGGCAUACAGAUACUGUGGUUGCUCAAGAUUUACCUGAAGAGCUGACACCUGAACCAAAUGCAACUGAUGUGCAGACAGGACAAGGAUCUGAGACGGGCUCUAAGGUAUGUAAGUCAACUGAGGCAUCUCCAACGAGCCAUGUAACUGCCCCUGAAUCUGAAGCAAAAUCUUUUGCUCAGGCAUCAAUAAAAAAUAAAAUCAAAAGUGAAAAAAGUGGAUCAAACCCCAAGCAUGGGUCUUCAUCUGCUGGAGAAAGAGUCCUUUCAAAUUCUAAUCAUGAUGCUGGCACAAAUAGUCCGGAACAAUCAUCUAAGGAUCACAAAAGUGGGAAGCGGCAGAGUUCAUUUGGUUCAACAAAAAGUGAUAAUGUGGAUGAAGAACCAAGGGAUAGCAGUAGUAGCAGUUCCCUCCCAAGUUACAUGCAAGCAACAAAAUCAGCAAGAGCCAAAGCUGUCUCAAACAGUUCUCCAAGAUCUAGUCCAGAUGCCCACAACAAGGAUGCAUACAUUAAGAAGAGACAUUCUCUAUCUGGUUCAAAUGGAAGGCAGGGAUCACCACGUAUCCAGCGUUCUCUGUCUCAAGCACAACCUGGUGCAAAGGGAAAUGGAACUCAUUCCCCUCAUGAGCGAAAAUGGCAGAGGUGAUUAGUUGAAUACAGCAGGCUUCCAAAGCAACCAGUGCUGUGCUAUAUGAACAAAAAUCUGCCGGUAUGGGUGCCGGGAGUAUUGUAUCAAUGGUGGAGAUAGAUGUAGACAGAUCAAGUUUUCGUGUAAUUGUGUAAAUGACUUACUGUUUUUCCAUGUUUAGUGUCUCUUCCUUUUCAUUUUCCUCUGUCCCGAAUUUCUUAUAUGGUUUACUGGAUUUGAUUUUGGGACACUUGUCGUUCAAGAGUCAAGACAAUGUAAAGGAUUUCCAUUCCGUGUACUAUUGAUUCAAAUCUAUUCAAUUCUUGUUAGUUGUUACU